AUGGCGAUCUGUACUUAUAACGCACGUACGCUUGCAUCGAAAGCGGCCAUCGAAGAUCUGAUGAUGCAAGCCAAGAAGAUCAAAUACGACGUCAUCGGGCUGACCGAGACGAGACGACGUCACCCUCUCAACGCCGUAUAUGAAACUGGAGAAGAACUGUUCUUAGGAACAUGCGACAGUAGAGGUGUUGGUGGAGUUGGCGUCCUCGUCAACACGAGUAUGGCAAAGAACAUCGACUCUUUUGAACAACUUAUGACCCGAAUCGGACGUCUGCGGAUGAGAAGAUGUGGCCCAACAUCAGCUUUGACUAUCUUCGUCGCUAACGCUCCAACAUCAAGCUACGAAGAAGAAGAAGUCGAAGCUUUCUAUAUGGACCUGGAGAAGUUCUACCGAGAAGACCAUGCCUUCUACAAGGUCAUAAUUGGCGAUUUCAACACUGAGAAGCCCUCCUCUCUACGCUGGACGUGGGAGUCACCCGGUGGAGGGUAUCGUAAUGAAAUAGACCACAUCAUCGUCAAUAAAAGGUUCUGCCUGACGGACGUCGGUGUUGUACCGAAGUUCUAUACGGGAUCGGACCAUCGCCUCCUCCGAGGAAAAUUUUCCUUCACAAGGAGAGCAAAGAAAGCCGCCAAGUUCAGAGAGAGAAAUCCCAGGACUACCAUCAACUGGGAUCUCUUCGCUACGCUAGCCGGCUCUUGGGAAGAUUCCGCAAUGGACAACAUCGACGAGGAAUAUGAUCGGCUUGAUGAACACCUUCACGACUGCGCGAAGAAGGCUGAGAGUUUUAAAACCACCAAGAGGCGCCUGUCUCUUGAAACUUUUGAACUGAUACAGCGUGGAGCAGCACGAGCCGCAGGGAACCAAGAACUCACGUCCGAGCUCGCAAGGCUUUGCAGAGAGGCGAUAAAGGAAGACCUUAAAGAGAGAAGAGCAGAAGUGCUGGCUGAAGCUGCAGAGGCGGGGAAAAGCAUCUGCUAUGCCCGUCGAGACUUUGCCAGUCGCAAGACGAGGAUGACUGCUCUCCGGAACCCAAAGGGAACAGCCAUUGCAUCGAGAAGGGGGAUGGAGAAAAUCAUCUACGACUUCUACUCUGAUCUCUUCGACAGCCAUGUCCACUUACCUCCUCACCAUCUGAGGGAAAAUGGACAAGUCAUUCCAGAGGUUUUUCCGUCCCAACUACGACAUGCUAUCAUGUCAGUAAGAAAUCGUACGGCACCCGGUCCCGACAGAAUAAGACCACAACACCUGAAGAGCCUUUCGCCAGUACUCAUCAACACCCUGGCGAGGCUCUUUACACGUUAUCAGUCGGAAUGCAAGGUCCCUAAACAGUGGAAGACCAGCAAGACCGUGCUGUUGUAUAAAAAGGCAGAUCCACAUGACAUCGGCAACUAUCGUCCAAUCUGCCUACUGUCCGUCAUCUACAAGCUUUUUACAAGAGUAAUCCUUAAUAGGAUUGAAAAAGUCUUGGAUGAAGGACAGCCAUGCGAGCAAGCAGGGUUUCGAAAAGGAUUCAGCACGAUUGACCACAUUCACACUGUUUCGAAACUCAUCGAGGUAUCACGAGAGUGCAAGCCGCUUUGUCUCACCAUCAUCGACUUGAAGAAGGCCUUUGAUUCAGUUGAGACGGAAGCGGCCGAAGAAGCCUUGGACAAUCAAGGCGUCCCUACUCAGUACCUGAAGGUACUUCGAGAGUUGUACAGCAACCUCCGGAAAUUCGCCAUUCUACAAGAAUAUCAUCAUUAA